UAGACAUGGACCAAGUUCGAGACUUGAAAAGAAAAAUCCAGUCCGACUGGAAUCGCUUGAAAUACCAUGUAUGGCCCACUGAGCCUGGCAAUGAUUACUUCCAUUUGAUGGAUUGUGUAGUGGCAGUUGCUGGAACGAGAUUCGUGCCGAAAAAUCAUCGACAAAAAACAUUGCUACCCAUUUGGAAAGUGUACCAUUGGUGGUGUCAUUUCCACUCAAUAUAUGUGAUUUCAAACGCAUUUGCGCACCUAGAUCGGCGGCAUGACUUCGUAGAAUUUUCCUGGUUCGUUAUGAUUGCUCUGGAAGUAUGCAUGGGCCACGUGAAGGACUUGGUUGUCGCCAAAAACUCCGAAAGGAUUCAGAAUGCGCAAGAUUUCAUCAACGAACGAUCACACACUUUGUUCGACUUGUAUUACGAUUCUGAAGCUAGGCGAAAAUACUUUCGCACAAUUCAAAUUAUGUGUGGAGCAAUUGCCGUUGUAUGCAUCAACAUGUUCUUGAUGAUAUCAAUUCCUAAUGGGCAGAUCGACGAAUUAUUUGCCUUACCGAGUAUGAUUCCGUUUUCGACUGUAUUAUACUUACACUUCAAGCUAACGCUUUCACCGGCCUGGCCGUGCAAGAUUGUUUCUACUACGGCGCUAAUAACAUCGAUUUUGGAUGGCUUCAAAACGGAACUGCAGAUAUUUGCUCACGAGCUUGGAAGAACCGUAAAACAUGCCCAAUCAGACACUCUGAAACAGCUUCCUUCGUCGCGACCACCGAGCGGUCGAGAGUUCGAUGAAAUACUCUUCAAGAACCUUAGAAAGCAUAUCCUUCAGCACAUAAGACUUCAUGUGAAGUUGCUAGAGGAACUUGAAAACUGCAAACCGUUUGUCGAGUUGUUCUUUUCGGUGCUAUACUUCCAUGCAAUGACUCUUAUCGGAACGUAUAUUUUUGUGAUCCUUCACGCCGAGUUUUCUAUUGGUUCGGCUAUGAUACUGAUGGCAGUUUCAGUGUACUUUGUGAAGUGCUACUAUUGGUGCUGGGUCAUCAGUUCUUUUCAGGAUGUGAACAAACAAGUUGAAGUUUACGUGAUGAAGUUGAUCACAGCCAUUCCGUACUUGAAAGAACAUCACUCGGAGUAUAUUGGGCUGCGAACGGCACUGAUGAUCAUGACAAUUCGCACACAAUUCAGUGCUAAAUUUUCCUGUACGGGUAUAGCUUUAAUAUCGGUCGAACUGUUUGGUAAUCUUAUAAAUGUUUCUUACUCAGUGAUAAUGUUCCUUUUGAAUAUGAUGUGAGGUUGAGUUUAUUGAUAAAAGGAUGUUUGAAUAUUUCUGAAAGUAAUCAAUAAUGCAGUUCAA